CUUCUUCUUUCCCCACCUUCUUCGUCCUUUUUUAACAGCCUCCUUUGAUUCCCAAAUUUAUACCUCCUUCCCUUGAGGUCUUACAGAUUCGGUUUCUGUUCUUUUCGUAAGCUCUUAAUUUGAUUUGUUUCGGUGUUUUGUCUUACAUUUUCUAGGCAAAUAUUGGUCUAGAAAUCUUUACAACUUUUCUACUGUCUCGUCUCUGAUUCAAGAGUUGGCAAUGGAAAACAACAGUGAUUCAACUCCGCUAAUCCCCAUCCCCAUCGAACCUGCCGCUGAGGUCAUGCCAGAGAAUAGCGUGGAGAAUAGCGUGGACUUGGAUGACAACAUGCCAGAGAAUAGCGUGGAGAAUAGCGUGGACUUGGAUAACAUCUCUUUUGAUAAUGACGAUAGCCAAACUGCAAGUGAUACUUCCGUUUUGGAAUCAGAGCACGAUGCGCUCAUUUCUGAUGGCGAGAGUAGUGCCGCCAAAGGUGAGUCAUUUGGCAGCGGUUUGACAAGGUUGCUUCAAGGAGAUAACGUGCAUGACCAAAUCAAGAGGACAUUCCUUCAUGGAUUGCGUUUUCUUGAAGCGCUACCUGAAGUGGUUUCCAUUGACAGGAACUCUUUUCCUGGUCCGAUUGGGCAAGCCAAGCUGCAGGCGUUUGAGAUGUUUGUGAAAGCCACCGAGGAGAGGCGUGGCGGGGAUGCAAAUGUCACGUACGCUUGGUUUCCUGCUACAGGAGACGAGAUACGCCGCAUUUUACAAGAUGGUUUUGGUCAAGACAAUAUCACCAAUGGGCUGUGUGGUUGUGGUGUUUAUCUCUCACCAGAUGAGUCUCCCACAGAAAGUUUUAAAAGAAGCGUUGCCGAUAAAUAUGGGAUACACCAUUUGCUGCGGUGCCGGGUUAUACUGGGGAACUUAGAGAUUGUGCCCCCUGAUUCCAGGCAAUCUCAUCCAUUUUCUGACCAGUUUGAUUCUGGUUUAGCCGUUACCGGGCCUACUACCAGGAGGUAUGUAGUCUGGAGUACUUACAUGAACACUCAUAUCUUGCCGGAGUAUGUUGUCAGCUUCAGGCCUCCUCCUUGCUUGAAAGGGUUCAUGAUGACCCCGACUUCACCAUGGAUAUCUUUUCCAGCUCUUCUGUCUUUGCUUUCCAAGUGCGUACCCGCUCGGGAUAUGCUUUUGAUCUCCAUGUAUUAUAGAGAUCAUAGGGCGAAUAAAAUGUCGAGAAGUGAGAUGAUUAGACAGAUAAGAAAGAUAACAGGAGAUGAAUUGUUGAUUGCGAUGAUCAAAGCUUUCAGAGGCAAGCAAUUUGCAUCAGGGCAGCAUGCCGCAGUCGGCCGUGCGAAACAGGGUCAGGGAGGGAUGUGACGCCGUCGGAAUGGACGCAGCUCAAAUGAAUAAAGAGAACGAGGAAUCCAAGUUUUAAGCCCCUCUUAGGAAUCUGUUGUUCUACAGACCUCUGUUCUUCUGCAGCUUUGAUAAAUGGGGAAAUUAGAUUUUAAGUCUCUCAUUUGGAGAGUUUUGUUCAAAUAAAAGAAAUUUUUAAAAGUUUUUAUUCCAUCGAGUCAAUGUAGUUGGAACUAGU